AUGAUUUAGCAUUCUGAGUGAUGAUUUUUAAGUUCUUGAAUUGCUGAAAUUUCUAUUUGACACAAAAUGGCGUUUGAACGAGGAGUGAAGGUAUUUCUGUUUAAAUUUUAUUGCAUUAUUUAACCUAUUUUAAUGAAGUAACAACUUUUUUAAAAAAAGCUUUGAGUAUUUAUGCAUUAGGAAUUUAUGCUGCUGCGAUAUUUCGUCAUAUAAAUUUUAGCCCAGAUAACGUAUAGCAAAUGUUGCACGUGUUGUACGGUCUUGUACCAGAGCUUAUAUUUUAAUAGUGUGAAUUAGAAAAUAUACGAAGUGAAUUUUUUUAUUAUAAGCUGUAAAAGCAGUGAAGCAAACAUGUAAAAUGUAACAUGUCAGUCAGAUUCAAGCUUUCAAAUAAUUAAAUGCAGUCUGUGUAUUCAAGUUAUUCAAAUUGAUAAAAUUUUAAGCCUAAAUAUAUGAAUAAUGUGUAUUAAAGUUUAUUAUAUAAUAACUACAGUGAAACAUGCAAUUUGAUUGGUCAAUAGCCGUGCAGGAUCAGUUAGGCUAUCCUGCACGAGGAAUUAAAAUGCUCUCACAGGAUUUUCAUUGGAUUCUCAAAAUGUCAUUGUUUCACUGUAGUUAUUUUAUAAAACAAUUACCAAUUGGUUUUCCAAGCAGGAUAGCAUGAUCCAUGCACUUGGGAUGUUGCUUGACUUUCGGAAAGCGUAAAAAUACACUCGCCUGCGGCUUGAGUAUUUCUACGCUUUCCGAAAGUCUCGCGACAUCCCUCGUGCAUGGAUCACGCAAUCCUGCACGGAAAACCAUUCGGUAUCUUUAAUAAUGUAUGAGUGUAUUCUUUUUUGCAGAUCAAAGAAUCUCAGGCAGAGAUACUGCAAAAUCUGAACUCAAAUGGAGAAUUUUUACAAAAAUCUACAUCAACACUUCUGUUAGAAAUGAAAGUUUUGAACAAGCUGAUUUACAAGUCCAAAAAUACUCAUAGCAAGGAAAAAUUCUUUAAGUGUUUAGAAAGGGUCAGUUCCAAUUUGAGUACUGGGCUGUUUAGGAGCUGUUGACAAAUAGAGUCUAUCCCACAAUUGCUUGUUCUACAAUUGCUUUGACUCUACCCUAUCCUGGAUAAAGUCUAUUUCUCAAUGAUGCCCUAAACAUGUUUUAUGGAUGUAUGUACAUGUUUCUAAAUAAAUUUUAUUUAUCUUUGACUGUGAUUUUGUUUCUAUGCUCAGAUAAAGAAAUGUUUAAAUAAAUGGAAACUCUUGGAUCUUGAUAAGAAAGUUGUUGCAAUGAGUAAACAUGUUGGGUGGGUACACUUUUAAUUUCUGGAAAUAUUGUAUUCAGCCUUACACUGUGCAUUCUUCAGUGAUGUUGGAACCAUGGGCAAAUUUACUGGGGGGGGGGGGUUACCCCCCCCCCAUAGAAUCUGUAACCCCUCCUAUAAAAUGUUCAACCCCACCAAAAUUUCGCUUCACUCCUCCUAUUUUGUGUGAAAGUCUUUAACCCUAAUGCCUAACCCCUGUCGAAGCUCACUCAAUGGUGCUGCUUGCACCCCACUAGAAAUAUUUCCACCCCUCCUUUUAAAAAAAUAAAAAUCCGCCCUUGGUUGGAACUUAAAAUUAUUUCUUUCUAAGAAUAUCUAUUUAUUGUGUUAUUUUAGUUUAACAGAAAAUUUAUAUGAAAUUCUAAAUGAAAUAAAGCUUGGAGGGCAGCUGGCUAUCAGGGUGUGUUGAAUAUUGAUAUUAAUCUAGCUGUGAUAUAGAUGUGGCAGUUCAAAGGCAAAACAAUCAUAGAACAUUAUAUGUUUACUCUAUUUCUCUUUUGUAUUGUUUUUUAAUAGAUUAUUAUCCUUUGUCAAGAAACAGUUCAGUAUCUGCCUGUGAAGAAUAUUUUAUUAAUGCUAGUUUUAUUGUGGAAAAUAUACUGCUCUUAUUCUUGUGAAAAUAUAUCAUUUUCCUUGACCAACUAACCAGAUAUAGCAUUGCCUAUCUUUCACGAGGCUUCUUUGUUACUCUUCAUGUCACUUUGUUGUCUCUUGUCAGCAGAAUGUGGUGGGUAGUGAAAAUUGUUGCUUUGAUAGAAAAUAGUUAGACAGCAAUCUCCAUCCUGUCAUACCGUAUUGUACGCUAUGCGUACCUAUUUUUAUGGCCCGCAUAUGCUUUAGGGUGCUUGAGAAAGAUUGUUGGACAAGCCUUGUGGAAUGCUAUCAACUAGUUAGAUCACUUAUUCAACUUACAGAAAAUCAUCUUGAUGUGAGUAUCACCAGCUCACCUUUUUCCUCUCUCAAGUCACAGAAUAGAGACAAACAGAAGGUAGACUUGUUGGUUUUUCCUGUGAUUUUGGCAUAACCGUAAUUCGUCAUCAAAAUGCUGACCCCAUGGUCUUAGCCAGUGCGCUUAUCAGAAGUCAAUAUGGCGGACGUCCAAGGGGUAUACGAGAUAUCUAGGGUGAAUGCUUCACAUAAGCGCAUUGGCUAGGACCUUGGCGUCAGCAUUUUGAUGACGAAUAAUGGCAGCGGUUACGCUUUUUUGGCUUAGUCAACCUUCUGUUUGUCUUUAUUCUGUGCUCAAGUUGUACUCAAAAUGAGUUAUAAUGUUGUGAGUAAUUAUGAACCCUGAUCUGAAUAUUCAUAACUCAUCCAUUCGUUCACAUACAUCAGAAGAAAAUCGCUCCUAAAAUUGCAGGAAAAAUUGCAAAGAAAAUCCAAAAAGUUGAAACACAUCUAAGUUUUAUGUCUGCAUUUCCUUCAGUUGAAUAAAUUCCCAGAAUCUUUGACAUUAUGGCUGAGUGAAGAUGCGAAGGGGAUAUUUGAUGGAAAGUAAGAGGAAUACUAUUUAUUGCUAAUGGAAUGGCCGACAUUGAGUGUUUUGACUUUAACAACGAUUCUUCUUCCCAUUUAGAUGUGUAAACGAUGCAUUCUCAGUUGUGAGCUCAAGUAAUCCGAUAUUCAACCAGCUUUUCAGUGAGAAAAAUGGUAAGAGCAUUAUUAAAACUUGACCACCACAUUUGAGAUAUCUUUUUCACGUAGUUCAAACACAAACCACGUGUAGAAUACUACCUUAAAUAAAUGGUUUAUUUCUAUUUCCAACAGACAGUGACGCACCGAGCAUGUUGAAAGAUGAAGAGAAUAACGAUGAAAUUGACCUGGGAGAACCAGUGGACGACAUGCGGGAGUUUCAUUCUGAAGACAAAACCCGUUACUCUACGCCAAAACGAACCAAUGAUAAGACGGUGAGUGAUCUUAAAACAAACUUAACUUUAAAAUUUGACUUGGCAAGCGCUGUCCGCAAAAAUGUUCAUGAAAACGACUUGGAACGUGAUAUCUGCAAACAUUUUCGUGAGAACGAGAGCUCUAAAAUACUUGAACAAAACGCAAAUCUGGAGAAGUUGACAAAGACCGAGAUGUCGAAGGAUUCUAACAAAAUAAAGAUUGGGUGUAAAUUAGACGAACUUGGAAAACGAAAAACUCCAAUGCUAGAUGAACUACGGAAAUCUCAUAACAAACUGUUCCUGACAAGACCAGGAAAAAGUCUACACCGUAUAGAAAACACAUUUUUUAUCAAGAAAACACCGUGUCGAUAUACUCUACGUAGUUUACUUGCCACCGCAGAUUUUGUAGACUGUUCCACGAAGAGACUACUUGCCCUUUUAAAAUUUUUGAAUUUUACUUUGCAUUCACGAGAAGUGUUACCCAGCGAACGAAAAAUGCUUUCAAGAAUACAACGCUCAUUCCAACGAGAGUUAAGAAAGCGGAGACAGCUUAAGAACAGACGAAAGGAAGGUGGGAUUUCUUUGUCGAGGAAAACUGACAGGCGUAAAGAAUCUGACGCAUCUAGAACUUUUAGGAAGACUUGUGCGGAAGGAGAUAAAAGCGAAGAAAUGCGUUGUCAGAAGAAAGAUGAGCAGAAAUUUGGCGCUAGACGAAAAACAGACGCACAUAGAGUUAGUUCGAUCGAUUUGAAAUACAAUACGUCUUCUAAAGAGACCCUGAAAGAUGGGGGAAGCCAAAUCAAGAAAAUUAGGCGAGAUGAAAUUGAUGAUAUAUUUAGUAGUUUAUGUCCGUAGUUGAAUGGAUUUCGCAUUAAGAUUCUCUAAAAAAAGCUGUCAUCAAAUUCGGCUAUAUUAAAGAUUUAUACAUAUUUUAAAGAUAUUGUGUGUACUCGAUUAAUCAUGCAACUAAAUGUGUGUCGUGUUGGACGAGACGUGCGUUGAAAAGGAACCUCUUUGUUCGGAACAAAAGAAGAACAUGUAAAAUGAAAGCGUGCAUGAAUUGUUAGGGAGAGUACUUGUAUUAGGACUGAAUAGCAUGUAUGUGUUCUAAUACACGUGACGUUCUUUCCAGAAGCGUGUAUUGACGUCACAAGUCUAGUUUGUCCAUUGAAAUGAAUAUAACUGGAAUGCUACCUUCAGAUAAACUGCCUAUACAGAUAUACAGAUAUUUCACAGCACACUCCCUAUCAGGGCUUUUCAGUGACUGGUUACAUUAUGAAUAGAUAGAUAGAACCGGACUGACGUGAAGCAGGCCG